UCGGUGUGUGUCAGAGUCAGAGUGUGGGUCGUGUGUGUCGCGUGGAGAACAGUAAGAAUGCGUCGUGUCUCCGUGGGAAGAGUCCAGAUGCUCUGACAUGUUCGCGAAGGAUUUACACUUUAACCGAGGGAAGAAAGACACAAGAUGAAAAUAACGCAGAUCGAGGCCAAAGAGGCGUGUGACUGGCUGCGCGCUGCCGGCUUCCCUCAGUACGCCCAGCUCUUUGAAGAUUCCCAGUUCCCCAUCGACAUCAGGCCGGUGAAGAAGGACCAUGACUUUCUGGAUAAAGACCUGGUAGAACCUCUGUGCAGGCGACUCAACACGCUAAACAAGUGUGCCUCCAUGAAACUCGAUGUCAACCUGCCAAAGAAGAAAAGCGAAGACUCCGACGAGGACGACGUCUUCGCCAUCAGUGACCGAUGGACUUUCGAGUGGACCAGCCGGAGAUGGUCCCGUUUGCAGGACAUCGGCUGUCUGCUGGGACACCCCCCUGACCCUGGACCCCGCCACUGCGAGGAGCACACGCCGCUACGCACCACCACCAGCAGCGAGAGCGUGCUGACCGACCUGAGCGAACCCGAAAUCUCCUCCCUCCACAGCGAGAGCAGCGGCGGCAGUGUGCAGAAAGGACGAAGCACGGAAGACUUGGACUCUCCCGCCAUGCCUGAUCAGUCUUCUUUCACAAUCACUAAUAUUCCUAAUCACUAUGACAACCACAGCAAGGCGAAUCGGGCGAAAGACUUUCUCCGACGCAUGGAAAAACUGCAACAUCGAGGGGCUGUACGUGGCAGUCGCAAAAACUUGGUAAUCAGCGCUCCAGUGCUGACGCAAGAAGCUCACGCUCUGAAAACUUUGCACUGCGUCGACAUCGUAAAUGGGCACAACGGAAGUAGCGUACCGACGAAAAACCUUGCUUCGUCUCAAUCUGGCAGCGACGGCAACCAUUCGAGCGACAGCACCGUGAGCACGCCGAGCUUAAAGGAACGCAAAGCUCACAGGGCCGACCACAAACGAAGCGGGAUGUAUUUGGAAGACGUCGAUAUUUUCAGGAACGGGAGUAAAGUCGCUGAAGAGAAUCGGAAGAACGAAUUUUGCUCGUACGAAGAUUUGGUCGUGCACAUACCCGAGGACCACAAGCCAGGCACCUUCCCCAAAGCGCUCUCGAUCGAAAGUUUAUCGCCAACCACUGCUGCGCCCAUCAACUGGCACCCCGCCGGCGUGCACCUCGAUCCCGAACUCAUAGCUUUCCGAAGGGAGUCCAGACCUGUUACGCAAUGCUGCUCGAGGAGGGGCAGCAGGAUAAGCAUCUACGACAACGUACCCGGUUCGCAUUUGUACGCCAGCACGGGGGACUUGAUGGACUUGGAAAAAGAGGACUUAUUCCCCCACUUGGACGAUAUUUUGCUUCACGUGAACGGUCUCCAGCAGAUAGUUGAUCAUUGGUCGAAGAACGUGUUACCAGGAAGCGGAGGAGGAGCGAGGUUGGACGAAGAGGACGGAGAGUUAAGAGGAGAGAAUCUGCAAGCGUCCAGUCAGAUCACGCUGGACUUCGAGGGACAGUCGGUGACGGAGAGCCAGACUACGCCGAGUGACGGAGACAGGGACGGGGACAGAGAAGGAGACAGGGAUAGAGUGUCGCUGGCUGAGACGGAGUUGACCAGGCUGAGGGAGCGGAGGGACUCUGGGGUGGGGGCGUCCCUCACGAGGCCAAACAGGUUACGUUGGCCCAGUUUCCAGAUCUCCAACCGCCUGAGCCGCUGCACCGCCUCUCUGCAGAUCAAUAACCAGUCUGCGGCCCAGCUCAGCCUCCUGCAGAAGUUCUCUCUGCUCCGACUCACAGCCAUCAUGGAGAAGUACUCACUGUCCAACAAGCACGGAUGGACCUGGGCUGUCCCCAAGUUCAUGAAGAGAAUGAAGGUCCCGGACUAUAAGGACAAGAACGUGUUUGGAGUCCCCCUCAUUGUCCACGUGCAGCGGUCAGGACAGCCCCUCCCUCUGGGUCUGCAGCAGGCCCUGCGCUACCUGAGGAGCCAGUGCCUCGACCAGGUGGGUCUGUUCCGUAAAUCCGGGGUGAAGUCUCGGAUCCAGGCUCUGCGUCAGCUGAACGAGAGCUCUCCAGACCACGUGAACUACGAGGAGCAGUCCGCCUACGACGUGGCCGAUAUGGUCAAGCAGUUCUUCAGAGACCUGCCCGAACCUCUGCUCACCAGCAAGCUCGGGGAGACCUUCCUGCAUAUUUACCAAUACGUGCCCAAAGAGCAGCGCGUGCAGGCGGUGCAGGCGGCCAUCAUGCUCAUGUCGGACGAGAACCGCGAGGUGCUGCAGACGCUGCUCUGCUUCCUCAGCGACGUCACUUCCUCUGUGCAGGAGAAUCACAUGACGCCCAUGAACAUCGCCGUGUGCCUCGCCCCGUCUCUGUUCCACCUCAACCUGCUCAAGAAGGACAACCUGUCUCACAAGGCCUUACAGAAGAAAUACUCCACAGGACGACCAGACCAGAAGGACCUCAACGAGAACUUAGCCGCCACACAGGGUCUGGCCCACAUGAUCACCGAGUGCAACAGGCUCUUUGAGAUCCCUCACGAGAUGGUGACCCAGUCUCGUAACUCGUACGUGGAGGCGGACAUGCACGCCCCCACCAUGGACGAGCUCUGCAGGCAGCUGGAGGAGGACGACGGGACCUACCACACCCACAUGGAGAACAGGCUGCAGGCUUUUCUCCGAGACGCCCGCGAGAAGUCCAAGCACUGGGUCUCCUGCACCAGCGCCGACAACACCGAGCUGCACUACAAGAAGGUCGGAGAUGGGAACCUGCUGCGUCGCUGGAAGGUGUCGGUGGAGGUGGAAGCCCCUCCCUCUGUGGUCCUGAACCGGGUGCUGCGAGAGCGCCACCUGUGGGACGUGGACCUGCUGCAGUGGAAAGUGUGCGAGACCCUGGACAGACACACGGAGGUCUUCCAGUACUCCCUCAACUGUAUGCCCCCCCACCCCAGCAGAGACUUCGUGCUGCUGCGAACCUGGAGGACGGACCUGCCCCGAGGCGCCUGCUCCCUGGUCUCUGUGUCCAUAGAGCUCGAGGACUGUCCGUCUUUUGGAGGAGUCAGAGCCAUCGUCCUGGAGUCCAACUACCUCCUGGAGCCCUGUGGGUCCGGCAAGUCCAGACUCACCCACAUCUGCAGAGUGGACCUCAAAGGCAGGACUCCAGACUGGUACAACAAAGCCUUCGGUCACCUGUGCGCCGCAGAGGCCGCGCGCAUCCGUAACUCCUUCACCCCCCUGAUCGCAGACGGACCCGAGACCAAGAUCUGAGGAGCACCACAGCACAGCCUCAUGAUUUUACAAACUGGACAGAGUACUACAGCCUAGAGUCUCUCAUGUACUGGACAGAGUACUGGGGCUGUCAAAAGUAUCAUAAAUCAGAUACUAAUCAAUACUAAAACAAGUAUCAAAACUCGAUACUCAUUUGAACAAGUAUCAGUCUGUGGACAAUAUUGGAUCUUUCCUGAACCGUUGUAGAAUAACCUCAAGUGUUUUCAGAAUCAGUGUGUUAACUAAAAACAUCAUAAGGGGAAAUAGAGAAAGUACUUUUAUUUAUUGUUAAAAACAUACAUUGUAGUAUUGAAAUAGUAUUGUGUAAAACACUACACAGUACUACAGCGUUGUGUCUCACAUACUGGACCUCACUCUGACAGAGCCUCAUGAUCGGUGCUGACCAGAAUCCUGCCAUUCUAUUUUAUAUUUACUAUGUGUCGUUUCAAAUAAUAAUAAUAAUGUAAUUAUUAUUGUCAUAAUUAAUGAAUAUUGUGUUGUCGUUCCUACGACAUUUAAGAUGUUAAAGCUUCUGAGAAGCAGAUAUGUUAUUCUUUUUCAUCUAAAUCUAUAAUUAUGUCAGUGCUACACCCAAGGGUGGUACAUGUGUGUGUAUAACUAUAAAUACUGUACAUAUCUAAAGUAUAAUUAUUAUAUUCAGUUUGUCCAGUUCUUAUCUAUGGUACAUUUACUCUGAUGCACAUGGUCCACAUUGUAAACUGGUUUUACUUUGCUUGAGUAGUGCCAGUGCUGUGUUACGAAACCUCUGGAUGUGACCUUUGACCUUUGACCCAUGACUUACGGUGUGAGUAGCUCAUACCUGCUUUAGGUACUGGACCCACAACAACGGACUUGUUUUUCAAUAAAACAA